AUGGGUUCACAGGAUGAAGGAGAAGCUGAAGUAGACAUUCUAGAAGGUAAAUUGAUUUUGUUCUUCUCAAGAAUAUGCUUCAACUCAUCAAUAUCCUUCUUCCAAUUAAAGAAUUGCCGAGCUCAAUAUGAUACACUAUAUAGGAACCUUUCCUCCACUGCAUUCGUUUUCGCAACACUGGCAUCAACAUUUUGCUGUAUGCUUUUCCCAGCUGGUGCACGAGAUGGCCACAGUCAUUUCCACGCGAAGCAGCAGUGGCAAGAUGCUCACGCCACUUUCUAUGGAGGCUACGAUGAGUCUGGAACUAUGGGAGGUGCGUGUGGGUAUGGCAACCUGCCCGCGCAAGGGUACGGCAUAUACACGGCUGCGCUGAGCACCGCACUGUUCAAUGAUGGGCUGAGCUGCGGAGGAUGUUACGAAUUGCAAUGCAAGGCGGAGGAGGAUCCGCAGUGGUGUCUGCCAGGGAAAACCGUCACCGUCACCGCCACCAAUUUUUGCCCGCCCAACUUUGCCCAGGCCAACGAUGCGGGCGGGUGGUGCAACCCACCUCUCGCACACUUCGAUUUGGCCGUCCCUGCGUUCGAGCAGAUUGCGUUAUACAAGGGCGGCGUUGUACCCGUGCUGUACAGGCGGUUGGAAUGCGUGAAGAAGGGAGGAAUGAGGUUUACCAUAUUGGGGUCGCAGUAUUACCAGAUGGUGCUGGUCACCAAUGUUGAAGGAGUCGGAGACGUGGUGGCCGUUUCCGUGAAGGCCAAGGACCCACAAAUCUCUGGUAAUUCCGGCUGGGAAAGUCUGAAGCGGAAUUGGGGCCAAAAUUGGCAGAGCCAUUUGAACAUGAUGGGGCAGACGUUGUCUUUCAGAGUCACAACCAGCGAUGGGAGGAGCGUCAUUUCCCGGAGAGUGGUUCCCAACUCGUGGCAGUUCGGCCAGACUUUCGAGGGAGGACAAUUCUAA